AUUAUCCAUCCCUGAUUAUCAGAUAAACAAAAAGAAGGAAACUAAUUGAACAAAUAAUAAAUGUAAAAUCAUAUUUGUUUAUAUUUUUAUAACAAUUGAUACUAUAAAAAAUGUCUCGUUCCUUUAAUAACCAAGAACAAUUAGCUGCAAAUACCCAUGAUGUUCUGCAACGUACUGGUGCCAGUCUGCAGCGUUCCAAUCAAAUAGCCUAUGAAUCCGAACAAAUUGGAACUGAAGUACUUUCCGAGUUGAGCGAACAGCGUGAAUCACUUUUACGUUCUACACGUCGUCUGGAAAAUGCCGACGAUGAUAUCUCUCAGUCACGCAGUAUUAUACGUAAGCUUCAACGUGAAGUUUUAUAUAAUAAACUUAUCUUAAUCUUAAUAAUAAUAUUUGAAUUAGCUAUACUCGUAGGCUUAAUUAUGAUAAAGUUUAUAAAAUUGUAAAUACAUUCUAUUAAAUAUGACUAAAACCAAAAA